AUGGUUGAUGUUACAACUGGCAAGCUUCCAUUGAUUUAUGCAGGUACAUGUAUAGGUGUUGUAAUACUUGUUGUUGGUUAUUGGUUGUACCAAGUACWAAAGAAAAGACAAAUCAAUGAACGCAAAGAGAAUUUCUUCAAAAGAAAUGGUGGUUUGUUAUUGCAACAACAAAUCUUAUCCAUAGAAGGCAAUGUUGAGAAAAUAAAGGUUUUUAUGGCAGAAGAAUUAGGAAAGGCAACUGAUCAAUACAAUGAGAACAGAGUUCUUGGUCAAGGGGGACAGGGAACAGUUUAUAAAGGUAUGCUAUCAGAUGGAAGGAUUGUGGUAAUCAAGAAAUCAAAAAUACUUGAUGAAAGUAAACUUGAACAAUUCAUUAAUGAGAUAGUCAUCCUUUCCCAAAUCAAUCAUAGGAAUGUGGUUAAAUUGUUAGGGUGUUGCUUAGAGACAGAAAUUCCUCUACUAGUCUAUGAAUUCAUCUCUGGUGAAACACUUUUCUAUAAUAUUCAUCAUAAAAAUGAGGAUUUUUCAUUGUCAUGGGAUAAUCGCUUAAGAAUUGCCACUGAAGUUGCAGGACCAGUUGCUUACUUGCAUUCAGCAGCUUCCAUACCAAUAUAUCAUAGAGACAUAAAGUCUUCAAAUAUUUUCCUAGAUGACAAAUAUAGAGCUAAGGUUGCAGACUUUGGGACUUCAAGAUCAAUUGCAAUUGAUAAAACCCACUUAACAACAAUAGUGCAAGGAACUUUUGGAUACUUGGAUCCUGAGUAUUUUCAAUCAAGUCAAUUCACAGAGAAGAGUGAUGUUUAUAGCUUUGGGGUUGUUCUUGUGGAGCUACUAACAGGGGAGAAACCAAUUUCUUACACUAGACCUACAGAAGGGAGAAACUUAGUUACAUAUUUUAUUUCUUCAAUGGAUGAGAAUUGACUUUUUGAGAUUCUUGAUGCUCAAGUUGUAAAAGAGAGUAGAAAAGAGGAGUUACAAGUGGUUGCCAACCUUGCAAAGAGAUGCUUGAGUUUAAAUGGRAAAGAAAGGCCAACAAUGAAAGAAAUUGCUUCAGAACUUGAAGGGUUGAGGAGGUACGAAGGAUUCACUCAAUUUCAAAGGAACAUUCAAGAGGUGCAAUUCAUCAAGGAUGAGCCAUCAAGUAUAUGGGGGACAAGUUCACCAUCAACCGGAUGUAGAAGUUUAGAGAGUGGUUUUACAUUACAACUAAAUGAACCACCACUGCUGCUUAAUCCAUACUCUCUCAAUCAACUUAAGUAA